AGCCCGGAGCCCAUCCCGGCGUCCGGAGCGGGAGCGCCACACCCCCUCCGCCGCAGCCGCGCAGCCGAUGGCAGCGUCCUCUCCCGCCGCCACCGUGGGCUCGGAGCUGCCGCCGGAGCCGGGCGGCAGCGGGGGCCCCGGCGAGGGGGCGGACGAAGAGCGGGAGCUGCUGCUGGCGCGGCUGGUGCCCGCGAGCCGCCUGAAGGAAGCGGUGGGCGCGUCCCUGGCGUCGCUGUGCCUCGGCCCCCUCGGCGGAGCCCAGCGCCUCGGGACCCUCGUGGACUGCCUGGUGCUGAACUACCGCCUGCGGCAGGGGCCGGGCCGGGAGCGCGGGGCCGAGGGGCCGCUGCGCUGCUGCGGCUGCGGGAGGUUCCUGGGCGAGCCGGUGACCGUCCCGUGCGGGCACACCUACUGCCGCCGCUGCCUCCGCAGGGAGCUGCGGGCCCGCUGCCGCCGUUGCCGGGACUGGCUGCUGCCGGCGGGGGGCACCAGCACGGCCGCGGCCCCGCUGCGCACCAGCGUCGUCCUCAACCGGCUGGCGGAGAAGUGGUUCCCGGGCGAGUGCCAGAGAGCGAGGGCUGGGACCCGGCUGGAGGAGCUGCUGGCCCAGGGCCGCUUCCGAGAGGCGCUGGACGCCGUCAACCAGGCUCUGCGAGCAGAUUCCAGUGACUUGAUGCUAAGAAUUUACAGAGCUGAGUCAUAUGUUGGCCUCCAAGAAUAUAAAACAGCCAUAGAAGAUCUAAAUUUUGUUAUUUCUAAAAUGCCAAAUUGGCCAGAGGUCUACUUUCAGAAAGGAAAAGUGCUGCAAAACUCUGGCUUUGUAGGUGAUGCCUUACAACUGUUUCUACAGUGCUUAGCCCUUGAUGAGGACUUUCUUCCAGCCAAGCUAGAAGUAGAAAAGAUAUUGUGUGAUGUUUUGUCACCAGAGAAGCUAGGUGAGAGUCUGAAGGAAUCAGCUUGGAAUUCACCCCAUAUUAGAAAUAAACCCUUUAUACUUGGAUCUGAAGUGACUGCAUCUUACUGCGACUUACAACUUUGUCCUCUGCAGAGUUUAGGAGGAUCAGAUGUACUGGAGCCUGUGAGUGGAAGCUUAAAUCGUGCACAGUCUGCCCAUGCUCUUAACUCAACAAAAGACCUUGCCAAGGAAGAUGGCUUAAAGAGAGUGUCUUCUGAACCCCUUCUCUCUGGCCAAGGAAAAGGUGCUUUGUUAAAAAGAAAGCUUUCCUUUUCAGAACAGGAUACAGUUGUAUGUGAAGAUGGAAGAAACAAACACAAAAAGCAAGGAGAAAGUACAAAAAGGGACAUGACACUGGCUUUUGGAACAAUCCCAGGGGAUUUGAUUGAUGUAUCAGAUUUUGAGUGCUCCCUGUGUAUGAGGCUAUUCUUUGAGCCAGUAACAACCCCUUGUGGACAUACUUUUUGCAAAGGUUGCUUGGAACGGUGUUUAGAUCAUGCUCCACAGUGUCCACUCUGUAAGGAGAGCUUGAAAGAGUACCUUGCAAGUAGAAAAUAUAGUAUCACAGAACUGCUGGAGGAAUUAAUAAUGAAAUAUUUGUCUGAUGAAUUAUUUGAGAGAAAAAGAAUUCAUGCUGAAGAAACUGCAGAACACUCCAACUUGACCAAGAAUGUUCCAAUGUUUGUUUGCACUAUGGCAUAUCCUACUGUGCCUUGCCCUCUACAUGUAUUUGAGCCAAGAUACCGACUCAUGAUUCGCAGGAGUAUGGAAACUGGAACUAAACAGUUUGGAAUGUGCAUAAGUGAUUCUCAAAAUGGUUUUGCAGAUUAUGGUUGCAUGCUGCAAAUUAGGAAUGUUCAUUUUCUACCUGAUGGACGGUCUGUUGUUGAUACCAUUGGUGGGAAGAGAUUUAGAGUUUUACGGAGAGGGAUGAAAGAUGGUUAUUGCACUGCAGACAUUGAAUAUUUGGAAGAUGUUAAGGUUGCUGAUGCAGAAGAACUAAAGAAAUUGAGAGAGCUUCACAAUUUCGUUUACAAUCAGGCCUGCAGUUGGUUCCAAAACUUAAGAAACAAAUUUCGCACUCAAAUUCUUCAGCACUUCGGACCAAUGCCUGACAGGGAGGAAAAUAUACAGGCAAUGCCCAAUGGUCCUGCUUGGUGUUGGUGGCUUCUAGCUGUUCUCCCAGUAGACCCCAGAUACCAGCUGUCAGUUCUCUCCAUGAUGUCUUUAAAAGACCGUCUGAUAAAAAUCCAACAUAUACUCACCUAUUUUUCUAGAGACCAGUCCAAGUGACUAACCGCCUGGGUCUUCCUGAAAAGUUACUCUGUUCUGGUUGUAGUAGCAGCUGGAAUUUUUGCUGCCUUUGCACAUCUAGCACUGGUUUGAGAAGUGUAAUGGAACUGUUUUUUCUCUCCACCCUCCUGGCUUCCUGAACCACAUGGUUCAUUGGAUGCACACUUUCUUCAACUAUGAGAGAAGAUCACUGACAAUUGCACAAAGUCAACCCAGCUAGAUAUGUUUUUCACAUUAUCUACAUUAAAAUUUGCACUAUGUAGAAAAGAACCUUUUUGAGACUUGAUACUUUUAGCAAUUGACUUUUCUAAGCUGUGGAAGUGCAGGACUUAAGGCUGACAGUCUAAGUUUACAACAUUGAGGAGGUAAUAAAGGUUUUGCAAAUGUUUGCCUCAAACAACUGUUUUUUUGCUGUUUGCACAAAUAUUUGAAAUAUAGUAUUGAAUGUCACAGUUGGAUAUUGCUACUCUUGUUUAAUUAUCUUGACCAUGAAUAUGGCACAGGUUUUUUUUAAGUUAUCUUGUAAAUGUAUGCAUCACAAAACAGGUGACAUGAACUGUAUGCUGAACUGAGAGCCAACUUUAAGGAACAAAUGCAGAAAAAAAGGUACUUCUGUCUAAAAAUACUUAAACUGUGAAUAUGGUUUACAUACCUAGGCCUGUACAUUUUAAAGAGGAAACUGAAAUCUAAAUGCUAGUACAUUUCUACUGGGCUUUUCAGGCUGUUCUUCCAGAGCACACACUUAGUUUGUAGAGCUUAGAAGAAGAAAUCUUAGAGUGUGCGUGCGUGUGUCUAUCGGGGAUUGUGCAUCCAGGAUUCAAAAGCUUAAAGUUUUAUUUGAACUUUUUAAGUUGGUGCAAAUGUGAGUUCUAUGCCUUAUUCAUAUAAAUAGUAGAGCACACUGCAGUGGCAAGGUUAGCAUCAUGCUGCCAAUAGGUACUUUUUGUAAUUAAAGGUUUGCAUAUUUGUGAAUAUGUCUGAUACUGGCUUUCUUGUAUGUAAAUCAUUUGUAAAAUAUUUCUUAAAUCUUGCUUUUGCUAAUAUAUUUAAUUUUCAAUAAAAGCUAAAAGUUUGUAAUAUUUUUAAC